UGAGUUUAAUGGACGAAAAGGAAAUAUCUACUGCCAAGAACUCCAAGAACUACAUGAAGUGUUAUUUAAUUUAUGCGUCAAAAAGUUUUUUGGGUUAAUUAAUUGAUACCAAAGUUAUUUACAACUAAUUACAGUCAAUACUUGAAUUGUAAACUUAUUAAAAAUGACUGUCGACGGUGAAGAAAAAACUGAGCGUGAGCGUGUUUUUAUGGACAUUUCAAUAGGCGGCUUGCAUUCUGGACGAAUCGUGUUUGAAUUGUUUAGUGAUGUGGCUCCAAAGACUGCGGAAAAUUUCCGUGCUUUAUGCGCUGGUGAUAUGGGUGUUGGGAAAGUAACUGGGAAACCGUUAACAUAUAAGGGUAUGGUGUUUCAUCGAGUGGUCAAAGACUUUAUGAUACAAGGAGGUGACUUCACUAACGCUAAUGGGACAGGCGGAGAGUCUAUAUAUGGAGGAACCUUUGAAGAUGAGACAUUUGAACUUAAACAUGAUCGGCCCUAUCUUUUAUCUAUGGCCAACAGGGGCAAGGAUACAAACGGAUCUCAAUUCUUUAUAACAACACAGCCGGCCCCGCAUCUCGACAAUGUGCACGUAGUGUUCGGGCAGGUGGCUGCGGGCGCGGCGCUGGUGCGGCAGCUGGAGGCGCUGCCGGUGGACCGCAACGCGCGCCCCCUGCAGGACGUGCUCGUCACCUCCUGCGGACAACUCGUCAGGCUCAAGACAGUUAAAAAGCAUAAGCAAGAUAAGGAAAAGGCGAAAGAGGAAAGUGAUGGCGAUUCUGAUCAUUCGCAGAAGAAGGAUAAGAAGAAGAAAAAAGAGAAGAAAAAGAAGAGACAUCAGUCGGAGUCUUCAGCGGAUGGUCAAGAGAUUGAACAACCCGUUCAUCCAUUGGUGAUGACAUCAAAGAUUGACCCUCGAGAGAUACCAGAGGUGCCGGAACCCAAGUUCCUACUGCGAGGUGGAAAGGAUUAUGACAAGAAAGAUAGAGAUAGGAUGCGGUACCGCGAGCGCGACCGCAACGCAUACACCAGGAGCGGCAGGAUUAUAAAAGGACGCGGCGUUUUCCGGUACCGCACGCCGUCACGCUCGAGGUCGCGCUCUCGCUCGGUUACACCGCCGCACUGGAGACAGGCGCAGCGCAGGAUCAUCAAGCUCUCUGACUACGAGCGCAUGGACCAGGAGAGGGUGGAGCGCGAGGCGCUGGAGCAGCCCAAGAAGCCUGCAGAGAAGCCCCUCAAUGAAGGCGAGCCGGGCACGCCGGGCACGCCGGACCACGAGAAAGAGGAGGGCGAGUGUGACUCCACGCACGAUCAAUCUCGACAUGAGAAAGUCGACUACAACGCUCUUGACUUUGAAGAGGAUAUUGAACAUGAGGGUGGUCGUGCGGUGCGUGCGGUGCGUGCAGUGCGUGCUGUGGUGUCUGGUCGCGGGGCGACGCGCGCGACUUCGCCCCGGCAGCGCGCGGAGGCGCUGGCCCGCGCGCUCGGCGUGCACCCGCGCCACGACCAGCUCAGGGAGGAGCGUGACACGCGGGAGUACCGCGAGCGACCGCGGCGACGUGACGGCCUGGCCUCCUGUGUGCUGCCCGUCGCGCCCGCGCACCCCGCACACCCCAGCACCACCGCCCCCGCCCCCGCCCCCGCCACCCGGGACACACCGCACCAUGCAGACGAGGGUGACGAGGACGCCGGCUACGAUCCCUUCAGGCUGCUCCGGAGUACCUUCGCCAGUCAUAACAGAGAUAGGUACAAAGACCAGAGGAAAGACGAACGUCAAGAUCGCAGUGAUACACGACGCGAGAAGGAAAAGGAGAGAUACAAAGAGAAGGAACGAGACGACAAGCACGACAGACACAGGAGCGAAAGAGACGACCGCAAGCACUCGGAGCAUCGCAAGGACGACAGGGAAUAUAGAAAGGAUGAUAAAGAGGGAAAGAAAUAUGACAAAGAUAUAAGGAAAGAUGACAAGGAAGUAAGAAAGGAUGAUAAAGUGAAAAAAGACGAAAGAGAAUCUAGAAAAGAAGACAGAGAGAGUCGCGAUCACAGAAGAGAAGAAUCGGGGAAAAAGGAUAAGGAAUCUCGAGACGACAGAGAUUCGAGAAAGGAAGAUAAAGGUAGAAAAGAUGUUAAACGAGAGGAGUCUAGAGACAGAGAGAAGCAUAAAAGUGAUCGGGCUAGAGAAGAGAGGGAUGGAAAGAGCUCUACCAAGGAGAGGACAAAGUCACCCAAAGGUGCAGGCGCAGAGGCGGCGGUGCGCGACACAGCAAAGCCCGUCACUGAGGAGGACAAGAAGAAGGAGGAGGAGCGCGACGAGGCGCGCAAGGAGCUGAUGGAGAUCGUGCGCCUCAUCAAGUCCCGGCAGCGCGACCGCGAGGCCAAGGCGGCGGAGAUGAAGAAGAAGAGGGCCUCGUCCUCUGAGUCUGAGGGGUCGCGCCGCGCUCGCCGCCGCCGCUCCUCCGACCGCAGGCGCUCGCGCAGCCCCAGAUCGCGUCACAGCCCGAAGUCGUCGCGUCGUCGUCGCUCUCCCUCCUCCUCCUCCUCUUCCGACUAACACCUCCCUCCUCCCCUCACCUCAUCUCACCUCCCCCCCCCACUGCCUCACAAACUAUGACCUAACAAACAAAGUCAAAGUUUUAGAUUGACCCACUACAAAGUUACGAGGUUAAAAGUGUUGACACCAAGAAAGGUUAAUUUGUCAGGAAACGCUUCUGCAGGCACACCGCCACGCCCACAGAUGUUUUGGUUAGUAUAGUGAAGAAAUACUGGUAACAUUAUGUAGGUUAAUGAGGUAAGUAUAUCACAUUUUUAUAUCUUAUAUGAAUUUAUUUCAUUGCUUUCAAUUAUUUUUACAUUUACUGUUAAAAAGGACAUUGUAUGAAUUAGGUUUCAUUAAUAUGUAGUUAUAAUUUUGUUAAGCACUAUUCUUCUAAUAGUGAUUACAUUUUGACACUUAACCCGUGAGUUUCUUUUUCAUCAUCCAUGUCUUUCACCUUUAACAAAACAGGGAUAACAAUAUUAUUAAAACGGAGACUCUGUUCUCAGAAACCCACGCUAAUUGAAUUAAGCAAUAUACUAAAGUGAUGUAAAAUUAUAAAUAUAAAUACGAAUAUUUUUAUAUUCUGCAUUUAUAUGUUCUAAUGGUUAACAUUGCUUGAAAUACGACCAUAACUAGCCUUUUGCACUUAUCUACAUAAAACUUUAACUGUGUCAAAUUUCAUGUUUAUUCAAUGGUUUUACUCAAAAGGGAUCCAAAGUUUUCGUUUCACGUAAAAUAAUAUGAAAAUAUCUUUGUAAGAAAUAUAAUGUAUGAAUUUUUAUAUAGAGCAUAUGUUUUAUCUGCGUUUAUCAUUACUGCUCACCCUCUGAAGUAAGUCUUCAUAAUAGAUGGAUCUGCAAGGGCACUGCUGUGCCCAACGUAUAGAAAUUCAAGCUAAUUUCAUGGUGCCUAUAAAAAUGUCGGUGUACUAUGUUUUAAAACUUUAACUAUAGAAAUAUUACUAAGCGACAUUUAAGUAAACUUUAAAUCACACUAAGGACGAUAAAACCAUAUACACCUAAGUAAUUGAAACUCCAUUAUGUAAUAAUUGUAUCAGAUAUUAUAUAAUUGUGUGUGAAUUAAUAUUUCUUGUAAAAUUAAAUGGUAUUUUAAU